CCCUCGAAUACCUACCACGUGUUUCUACUUUGUACAGUUCUCUCUUCUCUUUUCGAUUUCUAGAUUUCUCGUGGACAGAAGUAUAUUUCUAGAACUCUCCUGACUAUCCGCGAAUCAUCUAUUUAUUUAUAAUUGCUGAUUGUUUAACCAGAAUAAUCAUUUGAAAAAUUGCCCAAACAGACCUUAAUUCACCGAUCGGAACUCCUCUCUGUGUUAACUACGUCCACCGGUCAUUGCUAUGUCGACGGUGACAUCAACGCCGGCCGCAGCCGCUUAUUCUUCGCAAUACAAUUACUUAAACGGCACAUACUUUCCGACGCCGUUUCAUCUCCAACAACAACCAUCUCAGCCCUACAUUGGCCCUGCUCCUCCUGUCUAUUCUGCUCCGGCGUCUGUUCCCGGCGUUUACACUUUACCUCAAUAUCAACAAGCGCAGCAAUUAUUUCAAAGAGUUGCACAAACUAUCACGCCCGAAGCAAUUGAGAAUGUGAAAGCUGCACUCGCGAAGAGUGAGAUUGAGCAAAAAGCUGAGGCCAAAAAGAAAGCUGUGCCUCGAAAGGCAGCAGGGCAGACUUGGGAAGAUCCUACCCUUGCAGACUGGCCAGAGAAUGAUUACCGUAUAUUCUGUGGUAACCUUGGGAAUGAGGUGAAUGAUGAUGUUUUAUCAAAAGCAUUUUCAAGAUUUCCUUCAUUUAACAUGGCCAGGGUUGGUGAGCAUCCACAAGGAGAUUGUAUUGGUGGUGAUCUAUGUCCCAAGCACUUGGGUAUAAACAAUUGUGGAUCUAUGGUUGUGAGAGACAAGCGGACUGGUAAGACCAAGGGCUAUGGGUUUGUAAGUUUCUCCAACCCUUCGGACCUUGUCACAGCACUUAAAGAAACGAAUGGGAAAUAUGUUGGAAACCGACCAGUUCAACUUCGGAAGAGUAAGUGGCAAGACAGGAUUGAUUAUGAAGCUUUGGAAAAACAAAAGAAUGUGUCUCCGAAGAAACCAAAGUUACCAAAGAAGAGUGUAUUGCACAAGUGAGCGUCAAAUCAUAUGAUUGUGGAUCAGUGUAAGAUAUUGUUGAUCUAUAUCUAUGGCCAUUUGGGAAAGGAGGAAAAAGUGGCAAAGUCAUUGAUAGAGAUGCUCCUAUUCAACUUAUGUAGUGCUUUAUGCUUCAGUUGAUGAUAGUUAUUUUCUCCUGCCUUUUAUGGCCGUUAGAGCUCGGACUUCCUCGGCAAUAAUAGAUUGUCAAAUGGAAGCCUAACUGUGUGAGAUAUUUGAUUGUAUUCAUAAAUCAGUCUAAUUGAACAAACGAUGAAAACUUGCUCCCGUUGGAUCA